AUGGAAGGACCUAAAGCCCAACUGGAAUGCAAAAACUGUAAUAAGUUCCAAAAUGAUUUCUACCCCGUGGACUCUCAUCUCACCAAUAUGGUGGAGAUCGAUGGGAAGACUUACAUUACCGAUGUGAGCUACGGAGUGUCGUGCCAACUCUGGUAUCCCUUAGAGAUGAUCUCUGGGAAAGAUCAGCCGCAGCCUCCAGGUGUGUUCCGCCUACUAAACAAUGGAAUGAUAUGGGUUCUGGAGAAGACUUCAAGAAAGCAAGUGGUCAAAGAUAAGGCUAAUGCUAAUUCUAGCCUCAUCGACAGGCGCCUGGUGAAGACAAUGUAUUGCUUCCCAUUAACACCCCGUAAUAAAGAGCAUUUUGUGGAGACCCUGGAUUGCUUGCAGACUAGUCCUGAUUCUCGGUUUGUGCUGAAGUCCAUUUGCUCCCUUCAGACCCCAAACGGCUUCAGAGCUCUGAUUGGCUGGACUUACAGCGAGAUCACAUACAACCCAGAGGAGGACUCUGACAUGGUGGACAUGAAGGAAAUCCCUGAUUCUGAAAUAGAGGCUGUGCUGAAGGAAAAGUUUAAUGUGGUAUUAGUUAAUAAGCUCACACCGAAAAACAAAAAAGCUAAUUAUUGCAUGUAA